AUGCCUGACUUCUACUUCAAGUGCAAGUACUGUGGCGCGGUACGCCGCCGGAAGGUUUCGAGUGGCUACGGCAAUCUCGUCAGCCACUUGAAAGACAAGCAACCCGGCUACGAGGCUGAUUAUCUCGCCCAGGCCAGCUCCAUGACCGGGAAGCAACACUCCUACGGCUUCGUGAGCGACAAAGUCGCGAACGUGUACCACUGGCUGGAGUGGGUGGUCGACCGCAACAUGCCGCUGUCUGAGGUGGACCACCCACUCACGCGUUCGAUGUCGCGUCUCAAGCCCAUCUCCUCCAAGACGCUGAGAAAGUACGUCGCUGCCACGACCAAGGCUGUCAAGAAGGCCAUCGCUUCGGUGAUUCCACUCGACUUUGGCGUCAUGUUCGAUGGGUGGACGUGCUUUGGAGAGCAUAACGUCGCUGUUAUCGCCGUCUUUUGGCUUAACGGCGAGGUGCACUACGUGGUGUUGGCUGUAGCCCCUCUCGACGAGGUCGACCAAACGGCAGAGUCGUACUGUGCUUUCACACGGAACAAUUUGAGUAUUUUUGGCCUAUCAGUGGAGGCGCUGAAGUUGUUGUGUGGCGACAACUGCGCCACCAAUCAGCGAAUGGCUACGCUUCUCGGCGUCCCAUUGGUGGGUUGGGCUUCCCAUCGCUUCAAUCUGGCGACAAAAAAGUUUUUGGCCGAGCACGACGACCUGGUUGGAGCUUGA